CACACAUAAGCCAAGCCAAAGCUCUGAUCUUUCUUCCCACCCAAAGCACUACUCGGGCUCCAGCUGCCGGCAAAUCCAGCGCCGCCGUGGCCAAUGGAGACGGUGACGGAGUUGGUGGCGGCGCUAGACCAAGCCACCCAAAUGGCCAAGCAGCUCCCAGCCACCACCGACCCAUCCCACCUCCUCCAAAUCUAUGCCGCCCUCCACUCCGCCCAUCACCGCCUCUCUUCCUUCCUGUCCCACCCCCACCCGCCGCCGGCACCCGCCGUGGCCGAGAACUCCCUCGCCUCCGCGGCGGGCGACGGCGAGCCGAUGCAACUCGCGGACGACGAUAACCGCGAGGAAGCGGAGGCCGAAACCGCCACAGUCGACAGCGUUCAGGAGCGGAUGAGAGAUUGCUUCAUCCAGAACAAGCGCCCCAAGCGUCCGCUCUCCCCGUCCUCCGCCGCCGCCGCAGAGCUCCGGCGUCGGCCCCCGCCAUAUGACGACGGGUUCCUUUCGUACGGGUUUGAUCCUCUGGGCACAAAGUUAAGGUCUCUGGACCUUAUUUAUCAAUUCCAUUGCUGACCAAUCUGUUUGCCAUGUCUUUCUUGGGGCCUUUUUUUCUCUAAGAAUCCACAGCCACUACUCAUUGUAGCCCAUAAACCAGAGAAGAUGAAAUUUAGGGUUUUUACCCUAAUAUUAUAACUGGUGGCAAGUUCUUGCCCUGUUUUCUAAUCUGAAGUGACUGCAACUACAGGGAGGUUUUCCGUUGAAGAUGGAGAAUGGGGGGAGAAUGUAUGGAACAAC